AAUGAGUGCAUAAUAAAAGAAACUAUUUUUGUUAAAAACUAAGGUAGGUGCAUUUUCUUAACAAAAAAUACCUGGUCCUUAGACAACCACUUCAAGGAAUAUAAAAUUGUAAAGAAACUCAACACGAUUACCAACUUUGGCAUCAAAUUAAUUAAUGUAUUCUCCAAUAGUUCAUUCAAAACAAAAAACAGUUUUAAACAUUUCAAUUACUAAACUUGAUGAUUUUCAUAAGAACAUUGUGAAAUAUCACUCAAUUAAGUAAAUAAUUAUUUGAAGUUAAUUAGAUGUGUAGAUGGUUAGGACUAUAGGAGGUACAAAAUAAGAAGUUAAGAUUAUGUUUAAUGUAAAACUAAGAUAGGAGAUGGAAAUGGGAAACAUGUAUUUAUAUUAAAUGACGGUCAUGGCACAUCAGGUCUACCUAUAGCUAGAUUUGUUGGAAUGGAAUUAGAUAAGUCUUAUUCUGAUAUUAUUACAAAAUUAGAUGCUAAUAACAUGAAAGAUUAAAAAGUUCAUGAAGAGAUAAUUGAUCUAUAUAAAAAUACAGAUGAAUUAUUGGUAUAAAUUUAUAUUGAUUAUAUUAGUCAUAAUAAAGUGAAAUUGACACUUUUUAAAGUGGAUCUUCAAAUAUUUCAUUACUAAUAGUUGGAGAUCAAUUAUUAUGUAUAAAUUGUGGUGACUCUAAAGCAUUAUUUUACUAUAAAAAUGAUUUUUAAGAAUAAACAAUACAUUUAUGGAGAAUGAAAAAUUUAUCUUUUGAACAUGUUCCAUCUAGAGAAACAGAAUUAAUAAGAAUUAGAUCUCAUAAUGGUAGAGUAGAUUAAUAAAUGAUAAGAGGAAUGAAAUAAGGAAAUUUAUAAAUUUGGACAAAAAAUAAAUUGGAUUAAGGAUUACAUAUCACUAGAUGUUUUGGAAAUAGACUUCAUAAAACAGUAGGAGUUACAGUAGAACCUGAAAUUAUUCAUUUUAGAUUCCCAAAAUCUGGAUAUUUGAUAAUUGCAACAAGUUCAUUAUGGAAUUAUUUGGAUACUAUGGAUAUUGGGUAGGUUCUUAAUAAAUAUAAUCCUCCUAAAUCAUAGAGUGAAAUAAUAAGAAUAGAGAAUGAAAUUUUAACAAAUGCUCAUCAUUUUUGGGAUGGGGAUAAUGAUGGAAUUUAAGAUAUUUCUUUGAUGAUAAUAUUUAUUGAUUUAUAAUUAUGA